CUCCGCUGCCUCGGCCGGCCCACCUCGCGCGGUCGCCUGGGAGAGAGACGCGUAGGACUCACGCUGCUGGCUGGUCGGAUUCCCGUGGGUACCAGCCGAACAGAGACCCACUAGUUCAGCCGUCACCAGCGUGAGCCUCACAAGAGUCCUGUCCGGCUGAACCGCUCCCAGGAGGGUCGCAAACACACCAGUAUGUCGAGCGAGCCGGGAACGGCAACCAGGACCCCGCGUCCUGGGACCCAGAAGUCGUCCGGCGCGACGACCAAGAAAGGGGAGCGAGGGGCCAAGGAGAAGUCGGCACCAGCCGCCGUCCAGCCGCUGAUGGCUGAGGAGGAGUCCAAAAACCCGGAGGAGUACCAGUGCACGGGGGUGCUAGAGGCCGACUUCGCCGAGCUCUGCGCGCGCUCGGGCUACACCGACUUCCCCAAGGUUGUCACCCGGCCGCGCCCGCACCCUAUCUCCGACUCCUCCGCUUCCACUUCGGAAAAGCCCACCCUCGAGGACCAGCGGCUGUCAGCGUCCUGCAGCCUCAACAGUCUGGAGAGCAAAUACGUGUUCUUCCGGCCCACCAUCCAGGUGGAGCUGGAGCAGGACGACGGCAAGGCGGUGAAGGAGAUCUACAUCCGUGGCUGGAAGGUGGAGGACCGGAUUCUGGGGAUCUUCUCAAAUUGCCUGCCUGCCCUCAGCCAGCUGCAGGCCAUCAACUUGUGGAAAGUAGGGCUGACGGAUGACACCCUGAGCACUUUCAUCGCCCUCCUGCCUCUCUGCUCACCCACGCUCAGGAAGGUGUCUCUGGAGGGGAACCCACUGCCGAAACAGUCCUAUCACAAGCUCAUGGCCAUGGACAGCACGAUCGCUCAUUUGUCUCUGCGGAAUAACAACAUCAACGACUACGGCGCACAGCUCUUGGGCCAGGCUUUGUCUACACUGCACGGCAGCAACCGGACUCUGGUGUCCCUGAACCUGGCCUUCAACUUCAUCGGGGACAAGGGCGCGGGCCACCUGGCGGACGGCCUUCGGCUGAACCGCUCGCUGCUCUGGCUGUCCCUGGCGCACAACCGCAUCCAGGACAAGGGUGCCCUGAAGCUGGCCGAGGUCCUGCGCCCCUUCGAGCUGAAACACCCUGAGGUGGUGGAGCGCCGGCGCCUCCUACUGGAGAAGGCGUCACAGGAGCGGUCAAGAUCGCCAACCUCCUCUCGACAAGCAGAGGCCAAAAUGGAACGGGAGAAGCCUCAGAUGGGGGGGAUCAGCUCUGUGGCACUGGUGGAAAAGAUGCAGUCAAUGAAAACCCUUAAGGGCCUGGCCAAGAAAAAGGAGAAGCCAGGGCCUCCACAGGAAGUGGUUAAGAAGGAGAAGUCACCCACACAAGGAACCCCUAAGAAAGAAGACACCACAAAGCCAGGCAAGGGGAAGGUAACCAUCCCUGAGCAGAAACCAAGCAGGGGGAAAGGGACCAAGCCAGGGAGCAAAGAGAAGCGCAGCAUCCUCUUGGAAUCUGAGCACCUAGGACAGAUCCUGGACUCUAGCCAGCACGCAAAACAUCAGCUGGUUGCAGAAGCUACAGAGAUGAUCAACCCUCUCCUGGAGCCCAUGGAGCACCGAGAUGGGAAGGUUUUCAUGCCUGGGAACAAGGUCCUUUUGUACCUCAACCUCCUCCGAAACCGCAUCACAGAGGUGGGGCUGGAGGGCUUCCUCGCAGCAGUGCGGUACCAGGCACAGCUCUCCAAACCCAGGAGUGCAUCGAAGGGCCCAGUGGGGCUGCUGUGGCUGUCCCUGGCGAAAAACUGCUUCGACUCACAAUGUCCCAUGCACAUCAUGAUCCAGGAACUGAUGCUGCCAAAGGACCCCAUCAAGGUCAAGCUCAAGGAUGAGGAGGCCCCGCCUUUCUCUACCUAGCCCCUACCACCAUCUUCACCGAAGCUCGGGCCACAGACACACUCGCACUGUCACCAUGUGUGGCGACCCACCAGGGGAAACCUUAGACCAGGAACAGACUAUUGCUGUACUUUUCCUUAGGGGUGUUUGAAGUUUGUUCCACAGCUAUGUGAAACAUUUGAUCUGUUCACAUUACAUGGUCAGAAAUGACAGUGUGAAUCACUUCACAGUUCAGCCCCUCCGCCGGCAUCAGAUGGCCAGGGAUUGCCCCUGUCUCUGGAGGACUAGUUCCUGCUUGUCCAGGCCGUCACUUUCCAAGUUUGUCAGAGGAUAUACACUCUGCCAGGGAUUGCCUGUUGACACACACAAGCUGUGGCAGCGGGAGGAGGAGGUACUGAGCAUGUCCCCCUCCAAUCUGGCCCACUCAGGUAUUUGAUGGGUAUGGAAAAGGCCAGGGCUCAGCACCUACGUGGCAAAGACUAAGCAAGCACUGUUGGUAACCUGAACCCAGAGAACACAGACCUGACUCUGAGGCGCCCACAUCCAGUAGCAGGGAGCCCCGAGAAGAGGGGCAGAUUAGAGCCAGUCUCCCUGCCCAGCCCAGGGCACUGACCGCUCCACAUUCGCCUGUGAGCACCCUUACGGCCGGUGAGCCCUCAGACUCUGCGGAGGCACUGGAGCGACAAGCUGUCAUUUCUCUGAAUUCCCAACGCAGAACAUGACGAUCAGACACCCCAGCUUCCUGCUACCCCUGCCAGUCCUCUUGGAGCCCCGGUCCUUCUCCACACUUUAUCAUUGGUGACCUGGCUGUGUCUGAGGGAGUGGGUGCUGGCCAGGCCUCAAUGACCCCUGUACCUUAUGGUCACAGUCCUACUGCUGCCUGGGGGCAGUUCCUGAGGUCCCUGGGCCUUGGGCCCAUUGCUCCUUUGUGUUUGUGUGUAAACUGAGUGCAUUAUCUUUUGAA